GUAAGUAGUUUUAUGCAUUCGAUUUUUCACUCAUUGGCGUGCACGAACACAACAUGUCUCUAAAUCAUUGCACCAUUAAAUUUGCCAUUAUCAUGUUACAAACGCAAUGCAUUGUUUCUUUUAUUAAUGUAACUUUUAUAUGCCUCACUUUUAUUUUUUUCUCUCACCAACAAAAUCUGCAGCAAUGUAAGUAAUUGGUCUGUUCUAAGAGUGAAACUAGCCUUAACACACUUAUUUAAAAAAAUGUUAAACCUAAAAAUGAUUAGGAUUAUUUGAUAUGCACUAUGCUUUUUCAUUCUAAUCCUUACUUUUAAUUUGGAUGUUUUUGUUCUCAUCAAAAGGCACCUGGUCCACUGCCCCCUCGAGUACAUGCCAAGCCAAAGUCCAAAAUUUCUGCAUCACGAAAACUCUCUCUAAAGAUCCUUUUGCUCCAGAGAGCCAUGGAUGAGUUUGAGCAGGAGAAGGUCAAUCGUGAUGAGGAGAAGGUGAAAUAUCUGAGCGAGAAGCUUCCACCCCUUCAGAUAACUGGCCUCUCAAUGGAGGAGCUGCAGAAACUGUGUCGACAACUUCAUGCCAAAAUCGAUGUGGUCGAUGAGGAGAGAUACGACUUUGAGCACAAAGUUAUUAAAAACAACAGAGAUAUCCAUGAGUUGAAACUGAAGGUGCAGGAUUUAGGAGGGAAGUUUAAGAAACCUGCUCUGAGGAAGGUGCGUGUCUCUGCUGAUGAGAUGAUGAGGGCUCUGCUGGGCUCCAAACACAAGGGCUCCAUGGACCUCAGAGCCAACCUCAAAUCUGUGAAGAAAGAGGACAUUAAACAAGAGAAGGUUAUAUCGACAGAAGUGGGCGACUGGCGUAAGAACGUUGAGGCCAUGUCUGGCAUGGAGGGCAGGAAGAAGAUGUUCGAUGCUGCUGGUGGAGGACAGUAAAGAAACCGUUUGUAUAACUAAGUGUGUGUGUGUGUCUUGUGUAUAUGUUGUGUGUUUAUUAAUGUAUUAGAGACGGGCUUAGUCAAAACGAUGAAAAUCGCCAAUAAUAACUGCUUUCAAUUUCAAAUAAAGGCUUGAACCUAUACUAAUAUAAAAAUAAAAUGUUUACUGUUUCUGUGUUUAAUGUAUACUUUUUACCAAUUUAAGGCUAUUAAAAUGUUCAUGAUGCUAAAAUUGUUUGUGAUUCAUUGAGACAAA